AUGGCUACCGCAGAGGUCCAACAACCUGUUCAGGACAAGCCUGAGCCAUCAAUUCCAGACUAUCUCGCCGAUCCGGAUGCUGUACUCAAGGACACCCAGUCAAAAUGGCGAUACGGCAGAGCACCGGAUUAUUCCAAGACACGAAAGGUGUACGCAGAAAGUGAGUAUCCGCCGUUUUCAUUGUUCUUCGUCCACACAUCUUUCCAUGUACGACCACCGACCUGUCAGCACAACCCUGAAGACAUCAGCACGUGGGCUUGA